AGUGUUGCAAGAGCAAGUGAUUAUGAGAAUCUACCAUUGAUGCCGAUUGAAACCUUGAUGCUACAAAAGGUUCAAGAACUGUUGGCUGAAAAGGGAAAGCAAGAAAUGGAGGUGGAGGAAUUGAAGAAGGAAACUCUGAAGUCUUUAUGGAUGAAAGAUCUUGAUGCUUUCAUUACGACACUUGAUGAGCAUGAGAAGGAAGAAGCCCAAGUGGAGGAGGUGAUAGGACAGAUGAAGGGUAGGGCAGGCAAGCCUCUCGCUAAGGCUUAUAGACAAGUUGGAAAGAAUCCAAGAAAGAGCAACACCAAGAAAGCCAAUGAAGUAGAUACUAUUGUUGAAUCUGUAGCAUCAGUUAGUACUACAGCUAAAACUGGACAUGUUUCUGAGGGGGUAAAACCCAAAGGUAGGGGAGCUCUGAAGAAGGCUCCUGCUAGAAAUCAGAAAAUGCCGACUACCGUUGAUAGUGAAGAGGAAGAUGAUGAGGUGCUCGAGCUGAAAGAACGACUGACAACGUAUAACAUUGAUUCUCCUUCAGAUCAAAUAGGUAAAUGAUCAUCCAUGUGCAGUAAGCUUUCAGAUCAAAGUGAAGCUGAGAAUAGGGUGUUAAUUGAUUGGAAAUUGAUAACCAGUAGAUGCACAUCCAUGGAGUUUUCGCUUGCGAUUGUUGAGAAGCUAUUUGGCUGCGAGAAGGCAUUGGAUCUUGCUGUUAAUGAGAACUUUAAAUAGACAUAACUAUUAUGUUGGCAAUGUAUUUUUGUGAAUGGAAAUGAAUUAUUAUGUUUGAUUCAA